AAACCAUGCUGUGACGCUGGCUCUCCUUUCAGGAAGUUCGCUCCUCGUUGCGCUGUAUGCAACCAGGCAAUUGUACCUCGUGAAGGAGAAAAGGAAUCGGUACGAGUCAUUGCCAUGGACAAGUCAUUCCAUCCAGCCUGCUAUAAAUGCGAAGAUUGUGGUAUGCAGCUAUCCAGUAAGGUCGAUGGCGCCGGUUGCUAUCCAUUGAACGAUCACCUGUACUGCAAGGACUGCAACGUGAAACGAUUACGUGCAGGACAGCAUUGA